AUGACAGUCACCCCCGGUAUCAUCACGCGUAAUGGCGUGGACAUCUACUACGAAGUCCGAGGAAAGGGCCCUUUUCUCAUCCUCAUCCCUGGAGCACAAGUUGCCGGAAACCGACCCAUCCUCGUCUUUGCCUCUUCCAAUGGUUCCGCCCCUGCCAUUGAGCUGCUCCGUCUGUAUCCAGGUCUAGUGCGAAAACUGGUUUUGCAUGAUCCCAUCUUGUUCGACAUGCUCGGUUCGGACAGCAAAGAGCCUGCGAAUUCUCGGCGGGUGGUUGAUAUCUAUCGCUCAUCGGGAGCCGCGGCAGCCAGUCAAGCCUUCCUACCAAUGGUCACAUCUGAGUCUGAUCGGGAGGGCAUCCGAGCUUCAGCCGAUUAUCAACAAUUGGUGGCGAUGGUGAUCGAGGGAUUCCCGUUCUUUUUCGACUGCGAGAUCGAGGCUAUCCUUGCGUAUAAAACGCCUACGGAAUUCCUGAAAGGCUGUAGGGGCAAGAUCUGCCUAGUCGCCGGGGAAUUGACCAAGACGACAGCGACGGCCGAGCCGAUCAUCGCUUUAGCAAAGGCCAUUGAAUGCCCGGUCAGCCGCAUUGUGGGGGGACAUACUGGCUAUAUCCCGUAUCCAGAAGAGUUUGCCAGAGAUUUGAGCGCAAUCUUGCAUCGCUCAACGAAUGUGAAACGCAUGGCAAAGAUUUAG